AUGUCGAGAUUGUACGGACUGACCGCGGGCCCGUGCUGGCUGCUGUACUUGGUGGCUACACUUGCGAGCAGCUUCUACUACAUCACCCUGGUUGUUUCCAGCACCUCGAACGACCUGUGGCGGCCCCACUUCAAUUCGUCCGGGGUGCACACGUUCAUAGGGAAUGUCUACCACGCCCGCUUAGCCCUGACGCCGUCGACACCCCUCGAUCUGUUUGCUGUGGUCGUCCAGAAAGAAUACGCCGGCUCAGCCACGUUCAUGGACAUCAGCCCGUCGUUUCCGCGGCUAUUCUGGUUGGAUAACAUCCCGUUGCAAGCCGCGGUGACGUCCAUGCGGUCAAACAACUUUGGGGCGAACAUGCGCAUGUUUUCCCAGUACUGUUGGGCAGACUUUAACCAGCGCUACGAGAUGGUGCACACGCUCCUAUGCCAGGCGCGAUGUCUCGUCAACGACGCAGACAACGCCGGCGUGUACUUCGAAGCGCUGCUGCGCAAUGUGGGGACAGCGAAGCAUCCGCGCACGAGUACAUGUCGGACAUCACAGCACCGUGUUUGUGCCGAUUCUGGGGGUGACUGGGUCCGGUCGACGUCACUGCCGUGGCUGGCCGUGGGGGAUGAAGUUGACUUGUGGCAGUCGCAUGGUCUGCUUCGGUGGAAAACUCAGCUCCAAAACAUCCGAGAGCUGGGGGUCGUCGAGCCGAUUUCAAUUGUCAACGCGCUCGGGAUGUCGACUACCAUUGAAAUCAACAAGACACCCACGUUGUUCCGGGGCAUGAAUCUCUGGUCGACUGCGUACGCGAGUGCCUGGAACGACCUACGGUGGGGCUUCCAACACAACUUUAGCCUGAUUCUGAACACCCCCACGAACGCAGUGGCAAAGGGAAUCGACUGGGAUGCUGACCUCGAUAUUGGCUACGACCAAACCCCCAUCCUCAGCACCGUACGGCAGUUCAUUGAGCCAUUCAAUCGAUCGACGUUGAUUGACACGGCCGUGCUGUCGCGUGUCAUGGACAACGCCGAGGAUGUCGUGGUGGACCCAGUCCCCCCCUCGUGGACAAACAUGGGGGCGUUUUACGGAGGCAACCCCAUGUGUGUGUACGGCGUCCAGAUAUCCUACGUCUAG